AAUUUUUUUGUCAAUAUCCUUUUUAGAUUUCAUUGAUCAAAAGCUAUUAACAGGAACAGAAUAUAAAUAUUUUACAUCUUAAUAUUUGUAAAUAUCAUUGGUUAAAGAGAACAGAUGGCAUGCAUCAGUUUCCUUAGAUACGAUUAGAAAACACAACAAACAUCGAAACGCUUUUACAUAACAGAGUCGCAUAGUACGUCGCAUAACAAACUACUCCCAUUUAAAUAUUUUGUUCCUGUAUCAGUGACCGCAUAAAAAAUAAUGGGUCUUUUAUCUAUUCUGAGAAAACUACGUUCGAAUCCUGAGAAAGAAUUACGCCUUUUACUUCUUGGUUUGGAUAAUGCUGGCAAAACAACGAUUUUAAAAUCUUUAGCUAGCGAAGAUAUUACACAGGUUACGCCUACGCAAGGUUUCAAUAUAAAAAGUGUACAAAGCGAAGGAUUUAAAUUAAAUGUUUGGGAUAUAGGAGGUGCAAGAAAGAUUCGACCCUAUUGGCGAAAUUAUUUCGAAAAUACUGACGUUCUCAUCUACGUUGUAGAUAGUGCCGAUAUCACAAGAUUAGAAGAAACAGGGCAAGAGCUUUCGGAACUUUUGUUGGAGGAAAAACUCAGUGGUGUUCCAUUGUUGGUGUACGCGAAUAAACAGGAUUUGGGUCAAGCCGUGACAGCAGCGGAAAUUGCAGAGGGUCUUGGUCUUUACAACAUCAAGGAUCGCGAUUGGCAGAUACAAUCGUGUGUCGCAAUCGAGGGAAAAGGUGUUAAGAUUCAAAAGCACGUUAUCGAUGAGAACGAAUCGUCCGGAUGUAAUGCUUCUUCGAGAAUGAAUUUCAACGAAAAAAAGACGCUCGUUGUUGGGUAGAACGAUUCAGUCGGUCCUUUCGGUCUCGACUCCGUACACUUGACACAGCGAAGGUUGUGGCGUGACUGGUGUCGGACGUAGCUGGACGAACGGUACUUACUUGAGUGGAGCGUACCUGGCCUACGAACAAACGUGGCGAGCGAGACGAGCAGGACGCAAUACAAAACGAAUACGAUGCAGCACGACACCUUUUUUUUUCUAUCUCUUUUUCUUUCAUUUCUCCUUUUUUUUUUUUUUAUUCAUCAUUAAUUAUCAAUUAAUAGAAAUAAAAAAAG